AUGAAGAAGGAGUCAUCCUCAGAACCUGAAGUUCCAGCAGCUGAUCGUGUCAAUGGCGUACAACUCCCAGCCAAACGGAAAGGUAUAUUUGCAAAGAUGUUGGUGAAUGGAGAAGAAGUAACCUUCCAACUAGAUUCUGGCGCGUCUGUGAACAUAAUACCGAGAAAUUUCAUGCCCGAUACCAAAUUGGACCCUACACAAACAAGAUUGGUUAUGUGGAACGGUGCAAACGGAAAUCACCUAUUGAAGCCGUACAAAGAAAUGGAUAUUUCUGAGGAACCUCUCUUGGAGAAAGUACAAACGAUCUCCAAAUUCUUGCACCUGGAACAACUACCGACUGCUGCAAAACCACUACACCAGUUUGGUAUACCUGGGGAAACAUUCAAAAAGCUAAUGAAGAAUAACAAGUCACCGUUGAUGAGCUACCCCGGUGAGGACAAGAGUUAA